CCAUCCAACACCCGAUCCCUCGAUCAGGUUUUCUAUCUCCCUCCUCGCUCCUCCCUCCUCCGACACCACCGCCAGCCCAAAAUAAAGGUUCCCCCUCCCCCCUCCCCCCCUCCACCAACCUCCUCCUCUCUCAGCCCUUAUCCGCUCACAGCCUCUCCCUCCGUCGCUCUUCAAACCAUCAAAAUCCGCAAUUUUGACAGCCUGACGAAAGCGACGUAAAGCGAAAGAGGAAAAAAUGGUGUCUGAGUUAAUAAAUGCGAACCCGGUCAUCUACGAAAAGAAAAAGCGUCGGGUUCGUAGCGUUCCAAGUGCUGCUGCUGAUGAAUAUGCCGUUGAAGCCAUUGACCAGCAAGAGAUUUUUGAUCAUAUUAGAGAUAUAAAGGACCCGGAACACCCUUAUUCUUUGGAGGAGCUCAAAGUAAUAACCGAAGAUGCAAUUGAAGUCGAUGAUGGCUGUGGCUACGUCAGGGUCACGUUUACUCCUACCGUGGAACAUUGUAGUAUGGCAACAGUUAUUGGUCUUUGCUUACGUGUUAAACUCUUAAGGAGCUUGCCUUCUCGUUACAAGGUGGAUAUUAGGGUGGCACCGGGAUCUCAUGCAACCGAAGCUGCCGCAACACAUUCCAUCUACACCAAGCUUACAUUGCAAUGGUUACUGACAUCUGUUUAAAAGAAACCUAGAUGAAGUAGUCUUCCGAAUAACAUGUUAAUAAGCAACUGAAUGAUAAGGAACGGGUGGCUGCAGCGUUGGAGAACCCGGGCCUCGUUGAUAUGGUUGAUGAAUGCCUUUCUCCUUCAUACGAGUGAAUGAAUCGCUUAUCUUGACUGAUCGACUGGUCCAGUCAUCAGUAUACUACUUUUCUACCAGAUUCAUACAUCUUGUAGCCACUUAUGUUGGUAUAAUUUGAAUGGCCAGUUAAGAUGGGGAAUAUAUGGAUUAAAAGAAAUAGUCCCUUGUUUAAAAUUAGUUUCAUUGUUUUUCCUCUCGACUGAUUUGUAUUGUAAUAAUGUACCACAGAAUAGCAUUAGUUUAUGUUAUGUGAUUUAGUUUGAGAUCAGAUUGUUGAAUAA